AUGACCGGAUCAUACAAGGCAGCAGUAUACCUCAAAUUCUCAGUUAUUCUCAAUAUAUUAAUCAUCCUCGUCACCUUCUUUCCGCUCCAUCAUACCCUCACACCCGACCUUUCGCUCGCUACUACUUCCUCAUGUGGCCCUACUCCCACUCCGCCUUCGACGUGGUCCAUCCGAGAUAUAGAGAGAGACAGAUGGAGCAGGCACCCCAAGUUGUGGGUAACUACAGGCAAAGUGAAUCAUGAUAAGGGGCUCGGUCAGACGGGGGCUGUGGGUCAGGUGAAAGAGCUGCAGGACUGCUCGAUGUGUGCGGUAGCUCCUGAGCUCUGCAAAGAGAUAGGCGAGAACAAUAUGAGAAAGGCGCAGGCAUAUUUGGGUGUGUACUCUCAGCUCGCCGUGGGGUGGUCUUCUGAUGGUGGCUAUUUAGGUACUGGAGAGCGUAUUCAACGGUUCAUCGCCAAGGCUAAAUCUGGCGAGGGAUUCACUGUGGGCGUGAUAGGUGGAUCAGUGUCCAAUGGACAAGGCCUUGGCACCCCGCUCAACAAAAUCGCUCCCAUGAAUCUCCAUCGACGUAUUUUUGAUCAUCUGAACGAGCUUUUCCCUGCAAAAGGGGGUGUCAGUAUAGGACGUUAUGAGGAGGGAAAGAAUAGCUUUGUCAGUGGUGCUUUGGGUGGCACAGGAUCCGAUUACUUUUCGUAUUGUUUCCAUGAGCAUAUACCUCAAGAAACGGAUCUUGUCUUUUUGGAGCUGUCGAUCAACGAUGAGCUGUUACUCAAAAAUUUCGAAUCGUACGAAAACUUGAUAAGAGGAGUAUUAGACAUGCCUAACCACCCAGCCAUUUUGAAUCUACAGGUUUUCGCUCUGGUAUUCAAGCAGCUCGCCUUAGGCGGGGACAUCCACGAAGGUGUCUCCCAAUUCUACGACAUUCCCAUAAUCUCUCUCCGCGGUGCCAUCCUUCACGAUAUUCUUGCCAACGCUUCACUCGUUCCAGAGUACUUCAUCCACCAUAAAGAUGGGAGUGUUGACGUACGACACAUCUCUCAAAAGGGACAUAGGGUGCAGGGCGAGUUGGGGAUAGCGUACCUCCAAACUCAGGUUUGUGAGAUGGGGAAAAGGGAGGAUCUGCGUAUCAAGCCUUACCAGCGUUUUCAUGUCGCACCAUUGCCCAGAAUGCGCCUCAUGCAGCCGUAUGACGACUCGUCCGUUACCCCCAGACUCUCCCCAAAUUGUUUGAGCGCGCAUUCGGAAGGCAGCAACAGGCUUGUACCCAGCAUGAACGAUGGGUGGCGGGAAUGGGCCUGGGAGGAUAAGAAUUACUGGGUCUCAGAUAAACCCAUGUCCAAGGCCGACUUCAACUUUACCACCGUGCUGGGUACCGUCGAGCUCUUCUACCUCCGCUCGAAGACUUUCAAACUCGGCAAUAUAGCUUGCUGGGUGGAUGACGAUGAUCAUAAGGCGGUGACUCUUAUUGGGCACUGGGAAAUGACGUAUAAUAUUGGACAGUGA